AUGUCGCACCAACUACAACAAUGUCAAAAUUCUUUGGAACAUUUUGCCAUCGUCUAUAUUGAUCGACAGGGAAACCUUCGCCAUGAGGUAUCCCCUUCCCUCUUCGAUAGUGGCCGAUCUAUCCUAUCGCCAAAAGUUACCGGAGCGUUCUUGAAGGCGGUGGCAGAAUCAAGGACAAGCAGCUUUCCAGAACCGCCCAAAAGCCUCAUCGCGCCGCUAGCGCCAAACGUAGCUAGGACAGGAGGGAAGAGCUCAAUUCAACCGAAAAAAAGGUGCGCGCGAAGCAAAGAGCAAGAGUGGGACUCCCGGAUGGGCAUCUUCCCCCUAACAGCCCAAAUCCACGCUACAGCCGAACUCCCCAUCAAUCGCAGAGAUCUUCGCCGAUACUAUGAAAAGGUCUUUGAGAAUUUGAAACAGGCAAAUUGUAGGGUGAUCGCCAAAAAUUACAUAAGGCUGGUUGAACCACGUAAACAAGCCCAAUAUCCCUAUAAUGGACGGAAGUCAGUGGAGGGCAAAACGCAACAGUUCAAUCCCGAAGAGACUAAGCCGCCAUGGUGGCCACUUGGUGUGACUCAUCGGGAACCUGACCAUCUUCCUAAAUCUGAACGCAUUGCGCUCCUCAUCCAUAUUCUUUGCGAAUUACGUAUCAGCCAUGGAAUCACCGCGCGAAAAUUGAAAAACGCAGGGCGGCUUGUUCAACAUCAAAUUACUCCGAAUGAGCGAUUGCAGCUAUUGGAUGAAAUUUACUGGGUCAGAGAGGAGGAGGAAAAAUUCUUGGAUGCAGUGACUGGUAGGCUCCACAUAUAA